CUAAAAAAAUGAACGAGGUGAGUACUUUAAGGAAAGUAACCUAAUCGCCUUAAAUAGAAAGCCAUCUCUGAUACCAUUAUCGGAAACAAGGUUAAUACUCAAGGGAAAACUUCUGAACCCAAAAUGAAAGAUUUUGGACACCCAGAAAAUGGGAAAAAAAUUUGCCAUUAUAAUGACAAAGUGGCAAAUCGGCAGAUUUAGGAGAGAGGAAUCUUGCAUUAACUCAAUAAGCACAAUCUCGUUUAACGGGAGAUUAAAGGACAAUCCAGUUCCUCAAAGUCAAGGGUUAGAUACAAGCCAUGAAGAGGCCAAAAGGGAGCAUAAAUUACAAAAUAAGUCUUGCUCCUCAAAUGAUAGAGAUAGGAGCAGUAAUUAUAAACCUGCUAGUAGGAGCAACUAUUCCUCAACAGUGACAGAAAUCUUACAGGGUUGGUUUGAAGCCCAUAUUGAUUAUCCUUACCCUUCAGAGCAAGAAAGAAUAGAACUCUGUGCAAAAACUGGUCUAUCGAGGAAGCAACUCAGAGUUUGGUUGAUCAAUUCCAGAAAAAGAAAGGCGCCAAAAGUUAUUAAGAAAGUUGGGAGCAAGGAUACUCAUUCAGAUUUCUCCAUAAUGACUCCUAAAGACAAAAUUUUUGAUUUUGUACAUUGCCAAAACCAGAACGAUUCAAAUGUCAGAAUUUUAAGCAAAAGCAAACCCAAUGUGUUCGAAUUGAUCCAGAACUACAACUCGAGGACCAUUCAAUUUUAUCAGAAGAAGAUGCAGGAGACAUGUGAUAAGAAACUGAAUUCCUUCUGCAUGGCUCUAAAUAAAUAUUGAUUCUGAGAGCACAUUGACUUCAGCUUUGAGAGCUUAUCAAUGACAAGGACUGAUUCUUAAUUUUUGUCUUAGCUAAGUUGCCAUGAAAUUGCUAUAAUGCC